UCAAAUCCUGCUUUCCCACCUGGACCAUACCAGCCGCAAACUUAUCCUGUGCCAUACCACACUUCGAUUGUUGGAGGAUUUUAUCCAUCAAGAUCUCUCAUAAUAACAGGGACCAUUCCUCAUGGUGCUGAUCAAUUCCAUGUCAAUCUGAAAUGGGGCGAACACAUUGCCUUCCAUCUAAACCCAAGAUUCUCUGAGAAGACCAUUGUUCGCAACAGUCAGCUGAACCACUGCUGGGGGCCAGAGGAACGUGGCUUGCCAAGUGGCAUGCCUCUCAGCUGUGGGCAGAGCUUCACAAUCUGGAUUUUAUGCGACGCUCACUGCUUUAAGGUGGCUGUGAAUGGACAACACCAGUUUGAAUACAACCAUCGAGUUCCUAACCUGCAGCAGAUAGACAGGCUUGAAGUAGAGGGUGAUGUUAUCCUGACCUGUGUUCAGGUUUAAAGAUGAAAUCCUACAUACAAUUUAUAUAACCAAGUCAGUUGCUGUGUAUGCCUCCUAAAAUUAGCAGUUUACUAGGGAAUUUGCUACUGAAACUUAAUCAAGAAUCUAAUUCUUUUUUUUAUAACCACUUCAACCUAACUAGUAAUCCUGCUAUUUCUACAAUACCAACCCACGCUUUUUGCAUAAGCUUUUCAUUGGCUAGAACGUUACUUCUGUUCAGAUCAUAUUGUUCAUUUUAUAAGCCUUUUUACUAUGAUGAUACCUUAAUUUUGUAAGUGAAUGAUCAGGGAUCUGUGCAUUAAAGUUAACAUUAAAACAUUUGGAGAAAAUGCGGUGCUGUCUUCAGAACUCAGGGGUUUUUUUUCAAACUUAAGGUUGAGUAUUGUCAUCUUGAUGGAUAAGGAUUCUGUCUACAUUGCAAGUUACUGGGGGGAACUGAAUCUACAGCGCACGAGCUUGCUGCACAUUAAAGUCCCGCAACUUUCCCUGCGUCGUAGCAGAAUUCACCUGGGACGUUACUGAGCGGCAAGGUGGUACGCUGUAGACUCUCACCUGGCUUGCCCUGCAGUAACUUGCCAAGUAGACAAGCCCCUAGGAGAGGGAAGCCAGGUAAGUGGGAAAAAGCCCAGGGGAACAGCAGCAAGGGGUAGGACUGUGCAGACCUUUGUUGCUUGUUAGAGGAUCCCUGGUCUGGAACCCAGUGUAGAGGGUGGGCCUGUGUUCCCCUGCCAGGCACUGGGAAAUGACAUGGGGUGUUGCAGAUACCAGCUGGACAGACACCGAGCUUUGUAUGCAGCAGACGCUGAGGCAGCCCAGGCUGGGGGUGGGAUGAGGCAGCAAAGGAUAUCGAGCACUUUAUCUGUUCCAUUUAUUCCUGUACUGAAAGCAAUUAUGUAAGGCUUCAGAUCAGUCACCACCACUGGGACUUCAUUUACAGUCUGGACCAGUUGAUAUAAGGAGUAAAUUCAUAAUGAAUUAGAACAGAUCACUGCUGUUUGUAAUCCGUUCCUAUAAUCGCUCUGUUUCCUCUUCCUGUUAAUGGGAAGUUCCUGGAAUGGUGGAAUUAAGUAGUGUAUGUAAGUGGAGUCUGUAAUAUGGUGAAAAUUGACAUAUUUUCUUUUCAAAUGUGAUGUAAACUUUGUACAGUACAUUUUUAAAAAUAUUUUCUAUCAACUGAGUUUGUCUUCCAGAAUUGCUAUUAAUUUAAUUAAAAUUGUUAGUAUUCACAAAGGGUUCUGUAUUAGCUUAUGCAACUGGCAAAAAAAAAUUGCCCUCUACGCUAAUGAAAUUCUGGAUAUUUAGGAUUCUUUUCUGUGAAUAAAUCUCUGCUCUGGAUAAAACACAA